CCCUAGAGAAGAAUGAGCAAAGCAUAAGCUCAGCAGAGUGGAUCAAACGAUUUGGAUUGGAGGCCCAAAACUUGGAUUGUAUGACAUUUUGUCUGGUGUUGCCUUUAAACACCAAGAUGGUGUGGUUGAGAUCAUGGAGAAGCCACCCAAUGAGUCACAAACAGAUGCCGUAUUCCGGACAAAGCUGGUGAAUGCCCGGUAUUGUGACCAAUUCCCCAUUGUGCGGUGGCGUGAUGGACAGGUUGUGCAUGUACAAGUGACACCAGAUGUUCACAGACAUUAUGAACAAAGAAUGGAGGUGGAACUACAAAAGAUCCAACAGAGAAUUGACUGGCUGAAGCAAGGGAGCAGGGAGCUGUUUGGAACUGUUCUGGAGGAUAACAUCUAUAUUCUGUUGGACUGCUCAGCAUCCAUGCAGAAUAGCAUACAUUUUGUGCAGGAGAAGCUGUUCAUGUUGAUGAAGGAGCAACUGAGGCACAAAAAGAAAUUGAAUCUGGUGAGCUUCAACAGCAAAUGCUUAUGUUGGCGAGACCGUCUGGUGGAAGUAAAUGAGCGUAGCUUACAAAGUGCCUGGGCCUGGGUGCAGGGUCUCAGUUGCUGGGGCUCCACUAAUACCUAUGCAGCCAUCACCCAUGCCAUGAAUGAUCUGGAUACACAGGCAAUGUAUCUGCUGACAGAUGGCAGACCAGAUCAGCCACCAAAGUCCAUACUAGCCCAAGUACAGAUGAAGCAUAGAGUGCCUAUUCACACGAUCUCCUUCAACUGUAAUGACACUGAAGCAAACCGCUUCCUGUAUGAAUUAGCUCGUACCACCACUGGACGAUACCACUAUUUCUCUCAGAAGGGUGUAGAUCCAGAUCAACCUGAGGCUUGGGAGAGUGAAGAUGUACAGCUGCUGAAGCAGGAACUGAAGCAUGGCCAAAAUAAUCUGGAGCAGCUAGCCACUCUGCGGGAUGAGUGUUCCUCCAUGUCCUGGCGCAGACAGACAGAUGAUCUGAAGAAAGAAGCAAAUGAAAACCAGUUACCGGGCAUCGAUAAGUCCUCAGUGGGACCUACUGACAACACGAGGGAUAUGUAUCAUCCAAAGUCUCUGAUCGCAAGGCCACAGAGUGCUCCACCUCAGGGAGCCCAUGCUCUGGCAUCCUUCUCAUGCUCAUCGUCUUCAAAUGGGCUGAGGUCUGGCUCAUCUCCUAAACAGUUCAUCAGCAGACGACCAAACCAGAAAGCCAUACUCUCACAACAAAAACAGCCGCUGACAGCAAGUCACACUCGUACCAGUCUCCUCCGCACACUGAACAGUAGUGGACGUUUCACCAGCUCCAAGUGGCUUUUACCAGAGACUCAACAACUGUUUGAAAGACAAGCAGAGCGCCAACAUGAACUACUAAAAGUUUCAACAGAGAAGGAAAACAUGAGAAAGAGGAAAGGAAAAAGACAUGGCAGUCGAAAUGAAGUAUCAUCCAAAGUAUGGCUGAAGAAGAAUAGCCUCAUCGCAAAAAGAUUAACUAUCCUGGAUGCUUUGUCUCCCACAUUUGUCCCUCACCGUUCAAAGUAUGUUCCUAUACUGGACAGACAUGUUGUUGCAAGGGUGUUUGAUCAGAUAAUUCCUUUGGCUCAUGUAUCAAGCCGUAGCAGACAGGAGAUACAAUUGGUCAGCCCAAAUGCUGUUGACCUCAAUAAGUAUCAAGAACAAGUUAGACAGGCCAUUGACCAAUAUGAUAGGAGACUGAAUCAAAUUGCCUGGAAAGCUUUGCCAGAGAGUACCAAAGAAAAAUAUGAGACCAACAAACCAUUCUCAUUCUUUGAGAAUCAUGAAAGUUUGAAAACAGAUUUGUCAGAAACUGACUGGCAGAUGAAAGAAGACAUCAGCCUGCUAGUACAGGAAAUAGAAAAGGGGAAGAAGUUCUUGCAGCAAGCAAGAGAUUUGAAAGAAGCUGGAGAAGUGACCCGCAGUUCGCGCCAGUCAGUGACCACUGGAAAGCAAAUGCAAAUGCCUCAUGAUACAGACAAAGAGGGCAUCCUAGCUCAGAUUAUUGCUCCUUCUGAUGUAGAGGGUGAUGCCAUUUGUGCAUAAAUGACUUCAGAUGUCACUCUUGUCAUUCAUUAUCUGCUUAGACAUUUUCACAGAUAGAUGAAAAUUCCAGACAGGGUAUUUUGCCAUUAGUCUGCCAAGCCAGUACUUGUUUGAUACCCAAUCUAAAGUUCUUCAAAUAGGAUUUUACUUGGAGGUUUGACAUGAAUAGCAGUUGCAGUUCAGGAGCCAUCAAUAUGCAGAUCAUGUCAUUUACACUUUUGAUAAAUGCUUGAAUGUUUUAGAUUUUGAUUUUUUUAAGUGAAACUGUUUCUUUAUAUGGUGAUACUACUUUUCAAUUUAUUUACAAUCACUCCUAAAGUUAAAAAUUAGGGUAAUCAGGUAUGUACUUCAUUGUUGUGUUGUCUUUCAGUGUUAUGCUGUAGAUGAUUUCUUCCAGUAUGACUAUUCCAAUUGUAAAAUUGAAAAAGAAGUUUAAGGUGGUAGAAAAACCUACUGGCAUCUAUAGAAUAGUGGACUAUGCCAGUCAUCAUCUGUGCUCAUAUACAUAACAAUGUUGAAUGAGAAAUGUUGUAAUUUUCAGUAUGUUAUUUGUAUUAGAUAAAACACAAAACAAUACCUGCCUCUUGAUUGAAUGUUAUCAGCAUUUCACUCAAAGAUUGCACUUAUUUUUAGUUCUUAACAUUUCCACAAAUUAACAAACAUUUUACAACAUUUUCUUAUGCUUCAUGAACCCUGAUAAACUUUGUCCAACUAUGCUUAAUUAUUUGGAUCAUUGAAUUGUUUACCCAUUUAUAUGUUCUGGACAAUGGCCAGUUCCAGCGGGAGAAGAAAUAUUUUAAAGAUAUUUUGAAAUCAUAAUGCCUACUGAAUAGGGUGCAAUAAACUGUGUGACAUGAAUGCUAAACUCAAGCAAAUGAUAUCUGUCAAAUAGGUCACACUUACCAUUACUGUUCAAAUAUGACAGACUGUCAUAGUUUUCAUAUUCCCAUAAAAGUCUGUUUCACAGUCCCUAAACCUUAGAAUUUACCUUUCUUGCACAACCCUUACUCUUACUAGCAUGUGUGCAUGCAAUGGCUCUAAAUGAAGGAAGUUCAAAGUUUUUACCAGUUCUGUUUUGUACAUUUAACCGGAGUUUUCUGUUUCAAUGAUAGUUAUAUAUUUUUGGUAUAAGUCUGAUUUUAGAGUCGGCGAACACUUGCAGAUUAUCAUGAAUACCUCUGUGAAUUUAUCAGCAUGAUAUCGUUACAAUUCUAAUUAUAGUUUAAAAGUUUGUGAUCUAGACUACCAGUUUUGUUGAAGCCUUGAAUUGCUAAUGUUGUGCACUCACUGUUAAGUGCUUCACUCCGAGAGAGUGGGUUGAAAUCCUGGAUGGGACUCAACCCUCGAUAGACAUGAUGUAUUCACAAUUUCAUGUUCACGUUUUUGUCAUUAUUUACUAUUGUAAACCAAAAGUCACUGUGUUCUUUAAUCCGAUUGGUUGAAAAACGUGAUCAAAUGGUAUUCGAUUCCCGGAAAUUCGCUUUGUAUUAAUACAUACAAACAUCGC